AUGAACACUUCAGUCACUUCCAUCAAGCUUGUUCUUCUUGGAGAAGCAGCAGUGGGUAAAAGCUCAAUCGUGUUGAGGUUUGUUUCCAACGAUUUCGCUGAGAAUAAAGAACCCACGAUUGGAGCUGCAUUUCUAACACAACGAGUUAACAUGGGGGACCACACCAUAAAAUUCGAAAUAUGGGAUACCGCUGGUCAAGAACGGUUUGCUUCGCUCGCACCAAUGUACUAUAGAAAUGCGCAGGCCGCUUUGGUGGUCUAUGAUGUGACAAAGCCGCAAUCGUUCAUCAAGGCUCGUCACUGGGUUAAGGAACUUCACGAACAGGCCUCUAGAGACAUAGUUAUUGCUCUUGUGGGAAACAAACUCGACAUCAUCGAAAAUGGAGCAGAGAGAAAAGUGGCCCGGGAAGAGGCAGAGAGUUUGGCGCAGCAGGAAGGACUCCUGUUCUUCGAAACUAGUGCCAAGACUGGUAGUAAUGUUAACGACGUAUUUCUUGGCAUCGGCCAAAAAAUUCCUCUAAAAACAGCUCAGAAUCAGGCUCAAGACGGAGGUCGUGGAUCGUCCGGCUUGCGAAUCAAUGACGACUCAAGAGUCGAUCUAAGGGCCUCGAAUGGUCAAGCUACAUCCGCUAGUGGUUGCAACUGCUGA